AUGGGUAGUUUAAGAGUUCACACAUGCUCCUAUUGUGAUUAUUCGUCACCAAUUGCAACUAACAUGAAGCGUCACAUUAGAUCGCACAUUGGUGAGCGCCCUUUCAGUUGUUCUGUUUGUGGCCAGAACUUUGUGCGAAAGGAUUCUCUUGUAUCUCAUAUGACAGUGCACUCUGAUGAACGACCUCAUAAAUGCCAAAUAUAUGUAGAAGAUAAUUUUAGACGCAGGAAAGAAAGUAUUAAAGUCCAUAAAUGCUCCUUUUGUGAUUACUCAUCCCCAAUUUUGACUAAUGUGAAACAUCAUAUUAUGACUCACACUGGUGAACGCCCAUUUAGUUGUUCUACUUGUGGUCAAAACUUUGCUCGAAAGGAUUCUCUUGUAUCUCAUAUGAGAGGAGUGCACUCUGGUGAACGACCUCAUAAAUGCCAAAUUUAUGAAGAAGAUUAUUUUAGACGCAAGAAAGAAAGUAUUAAAGUUCAUAAAUGCUCCUUUUGUGAUUACUCAUCCCCAAUUUUGACUAAUGUGAAACAUCAUAUUAUGACUCACACUGGUAAUCAGCUUCAAGUUCUUGUAUUAAAAGGCAUUAAUGAAACUUCCAAAGACGUUAGAGGAACUGCUAAAUUUUAUCAAUGCUCUGAAUGUAACUUUGUCUCACCUUGGCAGAGUCAUAUGAAAAGGCAUUUGCUGAUUCAUACUGGAGAGCGACCCUUUAGUUGCUCUAUUUGUGGCCAGGAAUUUAUUCAAAAAGCACAUCUCAAUAGUCACAUGAUGCGACACGAUGACAAUCGACCAUUUAAAUGUCAUGAUAGCUUAAUCUUUUGUGGUUACACUUGUGGUAAAAAGUCUUCUAUGAAUAGGCAUGUAUUACGACAUACUGGAGAAAAGCCACACAGAUGUGAACUUUGCAGUAGAAGUUUUGCUCGUAAAGACAGUCUUCAAGUACACAUGAUUGUUCAUUAUGAAGGAGGGGAUAUAUGA